CAUUAGCAGAGCCCAUAUGGGCAAGACGGGCAAAAACCUGGUGUCAGGCACUCGCCGUUCUAACUCUCUUCGAUGCAGAUGGUUAUUUUUGAUCCCCCCCUAGUCAUACAUGCAAUGUAUUUACUGUACAUAUGGUCAUGGUCAAUUCAGUGGUUGUCGAGUUGAGCACAAGCACAACACUACCGGCUUAGUCAACAUUAGACAGACACAUCAGAACUCAGAGUCCUGCCUCGAGCUUCAGUCUUCACUCACUCCUUCUCUCGUUGCCGGUAGUUGGUCCAAUCCCUCCAUGCCAGAUGUCGACGAGCGGCUCUGCUGCUAUUUCGAUGAGAACGGAAAACAAUGCAGUUGCAGGAUGUUUACCGCACCUGCCAACAAGAAUGCACGUUAUCACUGUCGUGAGUGCAUGCAUGGUUUCAGUAAUCACCCGGAAGCACAAUUUAGCAACAAAUCCCCGAAAUUGACUAUGGAUGUAAAGGUAGAGCCUGCAACCGGCAACCGGCUUUUGGAUGUGUUCCAUCAACGGAAGACAUCUCGCACUAUGGAGUUGCCUAACUCCCUCCAGCAUGUGCGUGAAGAGGUCCUGAAAGGAUUCCGUGCUGGUAGCAGUGGGACACAACGAGUUACAUCAACUAAAAUUAAGAAACCUAACUCUACUGGGAAGCGGGUCCCAUCUGGUAACCAUGAUGGGUCCCAGCAGGAUGUUUUAGUUGGAACGUGGCUACUACUGAUCAAUGCAUUGGAUGAGGCAGGUGAAUUGAUCCAGACAAAACCACUGUCGAGAACAGAAAUGUACACAGCAGAACAUCGGCAGUGUGUGCACACUGGUGCCAAUGCGGCCAAAUUCGCAUUCCGGCGGGACUGGACUCACGACGAUGUCGACAAGUACCUCAGAGAACACGUUUUCCCGCGUCCGAUGGAGUAUGCACUUAUGCACAAGAAGGGUAAAAUGACCGAGGACCUUCCGACUGGCCAGGAUCUAUUCUACUAUCGAGGACGGUUUAAAUGUGGCACAGAUUCGAGCAUAAUUAUAGCAUUGUGCGGUCAUGUCCCGGAAGAGGAAUAUGCGUCUUGGGGUCUAAGACAGCAUCAGGAGAGUAGUGAAUUCCAGCCAGCAAAGCUUCGAGAGAGUAGCGACUCCAUCCCUCCAGCAGCCUCAAGUGAAGACUCCGAAGACAAACGGACAAUAUUUGAAUCCAUGAUGCGGAAGCAGGGACGCAGUCAGCACCCUGACCAACCAAAAGGGAAACGAGGCCGAUAUCAAUCACCGGUAAUCGAGAUCGAGAGUUCAACUGACUCUACUCAGCCACCGCCCAGCACCCAAGUUCCUCGCAUCCAUGGUGGAUCCAUCAGGCCAUCAACACUUUUUCUCCCAUCAGGCGACAGUGACUUAUUGGAUGUGGCUGACCUCCCGACUCAAUUGAAGGGUCUCUCGGUUUCUCCACCUCCACCCACAUUCGUUGGCCAGGCGCCUCUCGCCACUGUGAAUCGCUAUGUCUCGUUGCCCCCCAAAUUUUUACAGGAUCUUGAUCCCUUUGGAUCACUGGUCAACUCCCCCCUCUUACACCCGUAUGUAAAUCCGUGGUCACCUGAUUAUUUCCUUGGUGCGGCCGACUACUUUUGAUUUGGAGGUAACAUGCUAUUGAGUAUGAAUGGUCAUCCACUUACAUCUAACCGUAAUCCACAUUCAUGUCUAUGGAAUUUUGAGGUACCACCCACAUUCGUUUAAUCAGCAUUCAUGUCGACGCAGUUACAUCCUGUAAUCACUUGUCCCCAGCAUCAAUAUACCGUUGAUCUCGAGGCUUAGCCCUCU